AUGGAUGAUGACGACGACGAAGAUUGGCACAGAGAGAAGUUGACCGGAAAUAAAUUGAAAUCCAUCCCGAUCACCACGUUUGUGGCUUGCAGUUUGGCUAUGAUGAGUAUUUUCUUCAUAAGCAGGAUGGGAAUGGAUGAACCUGGUUCUCUCGCCUGCACUCCUGGGAGCAUCGGAUGUUAUUUGGACUCGUUCGGGCUCGGUAAAACGAGUUGCGAGGGUAAAGGGGGGCAGAUCCAGAGGCGAUCGGCACGGUACUGUAGCGAAGAGAAACGGAACGGCUUGCUCGCUUUUUCGUCAAUUGAAGCAUGA